CGGAAGUUUAGGGGGCCAAGAAUUCUGCAAGUCGGACACGUGGGGUAGCGAACUUUGGUGAUCUUUGAGCGUUUUGAAGGCCACAAGAGUUGGGAGUUUUUUAGCUUCCUUAUCUGGAGUGUUUGGUGGAGCAAAAAUCGUCUGCACGAUGCACUUGUAUUUACUCUUUUCAUUGGGAUCAUAGUCAAAGGGCUGCAGCAUCACUGAAAAGGUCACGGUGGACCCUGGGUCGAUGAUCCCACUAUUGAGCCGCAAACAGCACUGCCGAGGUGCUGCAGUCUUCACUUUGAAACACACCUUCCUGUCUGACGGAUUUUGCAGUUUAAGCAUCUUAAAUAAUGGGUGACAUCCAGAACAAUUUUUUAAGAGUACAAGAUCUAAGGACGUGGAGUAAUCCUUAAGGAUGAAGCUGAAUCUUACCAAGGUAGUUAAUGGCUGUCGUCUAGGAAAAAUACAAAACUUAGGCAAAACAGGGGACCGCACCAUGGACAUUCCAGGCUGCCUUUUGUACACCAAGACUGGCUCUGCCCCACACCUGACUCAUCACACACUGCAUAAUAUCCAUGGGAUUCCUGCCAUGGCUCAGCUUACACUGUCAUCCCUGGCAGAACAUCAUGAAGUCUUGGCAGAAUAUAAGAAAGGAAUUGGAAACUUUAUAGGCAUGCCAGAAUCGCUGUCGUACUGCUCUCUGCACGAUCCAGUCAGCCCCUGUCCAGCUGGUUAUGUAACAAAUAAGUCUGUGUCUGUGUGGGGUGUUGGAGGACGAGUAGAAAUGACUGUUUCCAAGUUCAUGGCAAUUCAGCAAGCCCUUCAGCCAGACUGGUUCCAGUGCCUCUCAGAUGGAGAGGCAUCUUUCGAGGAAGCAACUUCCACAAAGAGGGCCAGAAAAUCUGUGGACCGAUCCCUCCUAUUCCUAGAUAGCUGCCUGCGGCUACAAGAAGAGUCAGAGGUCCUUCAGAAAAGUAUCAUCAUUGGAGUGAUUGAAGGUGGAGACGUGAUGGAGGAGAGGCUGAGGUCAGCACGAGAGACAGCCAAGCGGCCUGUAGGAGGCUUCCUUCUGGAUGGCUUCCAUGGGAAUCCAGCAACCCUGGAGACUAGACUGCACUUGCUGUCGUCGGUCACUGCAGAGCUCCCAGAGGACAAACCGAGGCUCAUUUGUGGUAUUAGCCGGCCAGAUGAAGUGCUUGAGUGUAUUGAAAGAGGAGUGGACUUAUUUGAGAGUUUUUUCCCUUAUCUAGUGACAGAGCGAGGAUGUGCCCUGACUUUCAGCUUUGAUUACCAGCCGAAUCCAGAAGAGACAUUAUUACAACAAAAUGGGGCACAAGAAGAAAUAAAAUCUGUGGAUCAAAUAGAGAAAAUUAAAACAACUGAUUGUAACCAAGAAGUGACAUCAUUUGAAAUUAAUCUGAAGGAAAAAAGGUAUCAGGAGGACUUUAACCCACUGGUGAGAGGGUGUUCCUGUUACUGCUGUAAAAAUCACACCCGUGCAUACAUCCACCAUCUGCUAGUGACCAAAGAACUUCUAGCUGGGGUCCUGCUUAUGAUGCACAAUUUUGAACACUACUUUGGAUUUUUCCAAUCCAUCCGGGAAGCACUAAAAAGUGACAGACUGGCACAGCUGAAAGAGCUCAUCAGCAGGCAAGCAUGUUAAGAACUGGCAAUACAAAUCUGCCUCUGCAUUGAGCUAAUACCACUGAUAUAACAUGGGAAGAAGAAAAGAAGAAACAAUCUUAGCUUGAAGCAUUUGAAUUUGGAAUAAAAUAUGUCAGAAUAAAGAAUGUCUGUCCCAAACUGCCCACAUGAGGGUGAAAAGAAGUCUUCUAAAGACUUAAAUGGCAUAGAUUGAUCCAAAAGAAUUGAACCAUGAUCUAUAAAGUUUCUAGGCCAAUUCUAUUAGUAGAUAGAGAUUCAUUUAGCCAAAGACAAAAACUAGAGGUGAGAAGACACCCUUGAAGAAGAGGAUGAGAUUCUAGGAAACACUGAGAUGAAUUGAGACCCAAGGGGAGAUGACGAUGCAUGAUUAGCAUAACCUCUGUGGACACAUGCCUAUUGACUGGGGAAAAAAUCUGGCCAAUUCUGUGGUUUUCUUAAUUUUGAUCCUCAGAAUCUGGGAGCUCUUUUGGAUAGUUUUGCCUUCCAUGCUGCCAUGGCAGUACAGUCACUGAGAAAGGUCUCUUGUGACUUAACCAUGCUUGCCUCUCCCCUGGAACAUGAGGUUCAAACAGUGCUCCUAUGAUCAUUGACCCAGGUCAUUCUCCUUCAUUUGGCCAGUGGGUCUAUUUGUCUUCCUAGAGCCAAUGUUCUUGCCUGUUAGAAUCCAAAAGUUUACCUAGCUGCUUUUGACUGGUCAUACAGAUCCACUGUGUUCUACCCUCCAGGUUCAUAAACAUUGUAAACUUGAAAUAACUAUAGCCCUGUCACUUGUGGAGAUUCAUUUCCAUUUUGUCCCCUUGGAUAAACCUGAUGGGCAUUAGAAGAUCAGUUUUAGUCCUACUUAGUGCAUUGGCUGGGAAAACCACUUAGCUCUCCGUGCCUGUUACCCCAUGAAUAAACAGGAAUAGGCGUAGUGGAUAGGAUUAUAUGAGCUUCUAAGAUUCUGCUAGCUUUAAAAUUUGAGGAACAACCAGGCAUGAUGGUGCACACUUGUAAUCCCAGCUACUCAGAAGACUGAAAGCAGGAAGAUUCCAAGUUAGAGACCAGCCUGGGCAACUUAGCAAGACCCUGGUUUAAAAUUAAAAGUAAAAAAAAAAAAAAAUAAGCUGGGAAUUAGAGCUCAGGGUUAGAGCACUUGCCUCACAUACAUGAUGCCCAAGAAAACAUUUUUUUUCCUGGAAAACAGGAAGUAUUGAAUCAGAGUACUAAACUUAUUAAUC